AUAUUCCGAUGUUUUUUUUUCUGCGGCUGUAAUUGCUAAUAUCUGAAUAAUAUUUUUUUGCACUAUGUUUUAGACAUGCGUGGCAGGCAUUUUAAUUUAUGUAGCCUGUCUCUCUUAGUGUUUGUCACAGGUGCGUCAAUCUUUGUCUUUUCCGUAUCAUUGAAGUCAUUUCAAUGAUUUCAUUCAAUGAUUUCAUGCCAUGCUGCGAGCCGCAGAUUCUAAACAAUUUGUUUUCUAUUGGACCUGCCCGCAAUUCUCCAUUCAAUUUGUUGGGUGUGGGCUGUGAUGGUUGUUUGAAGAUUUCCCUGUAAGCGUGUGAUAUUUUGUUCCAUUGCUGAGUGUGUCUACAAAUCGAUUUUUCAAGUCUGCUGAACCCUGUACUGCAAGGGAUCGAUGUAAAGAAAAUAAUUUCAUUUUGAUAUUUAUUUUGCAAUGGCGGACAGUGCGAGCGAGAGCGACUCGGGCUCAGUAGAUGGUGGGUCAAUUUUAAUGCCGCCAUCGCCCAUCACUCGAGAGCAGCUGCAGAAGAGAAUCGAGUCCCUCGCUCAACAGAACCGCGUCUUGAAGGUUGAACUUGAUACAUACAAGCUUAGGGUGAAGGGACUGCAAGAAGAAAACCGUGCUUUGAAACAGGCUUCAGUGAACAUACAAGCUCGAGCCGAGCAGGAGGAGGAGUUCAUCAGCAACACUCUGCUGAAGAAGAUCCAGGCACUGAAGAAGGAGAAGGAGACGCUGGCCAUCAACUACGAGCAGGAGGAGGAGUGCCUGACCAACGACCUCUCCAGGAAGCUCAGCCAGCUGCGUCAUGAGAAGGAGCAUCUGGAGCAGACGCUGGAGCAGGAGCAGGAGUGUCUGGUCAACAAGCUGAUGAACAAGAUCCAGAAGCUGGAGUCCCAGACGCUCAACAAGCAGACGACUCUGGAGCAGCUCAGGCGGGAAAAGGUGGAGUUGGAGAACACAUUGGAGCAGGAGCAGGAGGCGCUCGUCAACAAGCUCUGGAAGAAAAUGGAAAAACUCGAGGCCGAAAAGAGACUCCUCUCCGGCAAACUGGAGCGCGUGGAGCGAGGGUCGGACUCCGAACCCCCCUCCCCGGGAACUCCGGCCACCUCCACCGCCUCCGCCACCGGGGGAGGAGGUGGGGGAGGAGGGGGAGGGGCGGAGGAGCGCGAGAGGGACUCGUCCACGGCGGGGGACCUCAGUCUGUACAUCCAGCAGCUCAGGAGGGAGGUACUGGCGCUGAAGAGUCAGCUGCAACACUCCAGGAGGGAACACUCUGUGAAGAUGGCCCAGUACGCCCAGGAGGAGCGGCACGUCCGUGAGGAGAACCAGCGUCUGACGCGGCGACUUCAGGUCGAGAUGGACCGGCGGGAUACCCUCUGCAGACAUCUGUCCGAGUCAGAGUCCAGUCUGGAUAUGGACGAGGAGCGCCAGCUGGAGAUGUCUGCCGGCUCCCGGCCCCGCACCGUCUCCAGUCCCGGGCCGGCGUCACUGACCUCGCCCGGAGGCAGCCGGCCGCUCAGCCCAGGUCGGGAUAUGUUCGGGCCGCCGUCGCCGGUCGUCCCGCGCUGUCAGAACUGUGGCGCCACCGUGCAGCAGAUGCCGCCCCGGCCCCGGCCGCCCACACUGCCACCUAGCGGCGGCGCCGGGAACGACAAGUUCGUCAAGCCGACGGCGCCGGCCAUCAGCAUUGGCGCUCCGGCCAUGUCACCCGGCAGACCGAUGCAGAUGUCUCCGACGCUGUCGUCGGGCCGGGCGGCCACCCCGACCGAUCCGCCGGCCUCCCCCUCUUCGACCGUGCCCGGGUCACCCAUGGACACUUCGCGCGCCUAGUCUACCGCCCGCCCCGCCCCCCUCCGCGCGUGGCCACGCCCCCCCCCCCCCAGCCACGCCCACGGCCACGGCUACAGCCACGCCCCUCAGCUCUUGGACCCUGGCCUGGCAGACGGGCCCCCGACCGACCACUAUGGAUUGGUGAUACACUCUCCGUGUUUCUUUUGGGCAGCGAUGGAAGAGAGAGACCACACUUACAGAAACAACAGGAGUACACGAACAUGCAGCCAUAUGUGGUGUAUGUUCGGACAGCUACAUACAUAAUAUUCUCGAUUUGACGCUAUACAUAUUGAUGGAUGCACAUGAAUUACAUACAGACACUAGACACAGACAGACAGACAUACACAAUAUACACAGAAGGUUGCCCGGUAUUUCGGUACUCUCCUUCCCCCUCCUUUUUUUUUUUUGCUCCCCGUGCCGCGCCUUGAAUGUUUGUUUUUUUCCGUGCCGGUGUGAGCGCGGGCGCCACGUUGGCCACACCGCACUUGUUUCACACGUGCGGUGAGGGCGCGCACGUGCGGGGCAACCCUGGCAUGUGCGCUAUGUGUGCUUUCCUCUCGGUGUUCGCGCUGCCGCGCGGUCCGUGAUUGGUCUCUGAACUGGAACGACGGCUGUCUGGAUUGACAGCCGGCCUUGCGGUGCGCUUGUGCUGCUACCUGGCGGCGGCUUUCGGUACUGCUACUUACGCCUUUCGACGCCAGGGUCGGGGUUGGCGCUGCGUCCGCUGAUGUCGCUUUGAUCAAUACAAUACGAUACUGUGA